AUGUCGUACUAUACCUGUCAUGUAAUGAUCAUAGCUGUUGGGCACAGUGAUGGAGAGUUCUCAAUAUUCUCUGCAGAUUGCUUUGACCCGUUGGAUCCAACUGGCAACAUUUCCGUAACUUUUGACAUUUACCAACGUACAGAUAAUGGAUAUUUGGCAAGGGUGACACUUCAAAACUACUAUCAGUAUCGGCAUGUGGACAAGCCAGGGUGGAAGCUAGGAUGGAGAUGGGCUAACAAUGAAGUGAUAUGGGAUAUGAGUGGUGCCAUAGCAACUGAUAGAGGGAAUUGCUCAUCUUACAGCGGCUCUCAGAUGCCACAUUCCUGCAAGAAAGAUCCCAUCAUAGUUGAUCUCUCUCCAGAUGUCUCACAAAACAGGUCAGAGCAUUGUUGCCGUGGUGGCCUCCUCUCUGCCUGGUCCAUUGAUCCUUUCAAUGCUUUCUCUUCAUUUGAACUUGAAGUGCGCAACGUGGGAGAUAACCCACUUGGACAAGCACCUAACGAUCUUACAUUGAUGGCCCCAGGUCCUGGCUACACUUGUAGCCCCCUUCUUGACACUGAUCCCUCAGUGUCCUCAGACUUUGGGGGACUAAGACAAGUUCCUGUUCUCAGAACUUGGAAGUCAACAUGUGCAUACUCCAGUUUCUUAGCAAACACAUUACCGGUAUGCUGUGUUUCCCUCUCAUCAUUUUACAACCCCAUCGUCACAUCUUGCAGAAAUUGCAGUUGUGGAUGCAGAGAAGCAGAUAAAAGUACAACUUCUUGCAUAAGGCCUGGUCCCUUGUCACGGUCUAAUGAGGAUAACACGAUUGAAAUUGUUGAAUGCACAGACCACAUGUGUCCAGUUCGAGUCCAUUGGCAUUUCAAGAACAACUAUAUGAACCAAUGGAGGGUGAAGCUUACAAUUUCUAACUACAAUUACAACAAAAACUACUCAAACUGGAACGUGCUGGUCCAACAUCCUGGUUUCACUCAACAAACUUCAACUUACAGCUUCAACAGCACUAAACUUCCCACCCUUGGAAACCAAGAUGGAGUUUCCCUCUUUUGGGGAAUAGAUUAUUACAACAAUGUGCUAUUGCAUUUUGAUAAGGCUCAAGUAGGUGUUGUGUCAACAGAAAUACUAUUGGAUAAAGAUCCAAAUUCUUUCACAGUGAGUAAUGGAUGGGCAUUUCCUAGAAGAAUAUAUUUCAAUGGCGAGAACUGCGAAAUGCCUUUACCUGACAAGUUUCCUAUGUUGCCAAAUCGCAGCUCCACUUUAAGACCUACCUAUUGUGGUUUCACUCUUUUAUUCAUCCUUUUGUUUCUUCCCCUACUACAUCCUUGGCUUUGA